AUGCGUCGAUAUUCGUCAUCGAGCACGUCCGAUAGCAGAAUACGAGAACCAUUAUCUGAGGAUGAGUUGAGGUCGAGGACUGUCGUCACUCCGGAUGAUGUGCUUCGACUUAAUAAAAUUACAAAUGGUGCGUGCUCACUUGUUGUUGUUGUUGUUCAAAUGGAUCAUGUAGUUGGCGAUUAG